AUGUGUGAAACGCGAUGGGUAGAUCGACAUGAAAGCUUAAUUAGAUUUAAAGAAUUAUAUAAAGCUAUUUAUUAUGCAUUAAAAAAAUUAGAAGAGUGUUCAAAUAUAGAAACAUCACGUACAGCUUUUCAGCUUUCAAAUUCCAUUAAUAACUCAGUUUUUAUCAUAGCUUUACAUGUGAUUGAGAAGUUUUUUUCUUUAACUUUACCACUAUCUACAGCACUACAAAAAGUAAAUAUUGAUUUGUCAUAUUGUUAUGAGCGAGUAACAGAUGUGUAUCAAAUAUUUAAAGAAAUUAGAGAAAAUGGCGAUGAUGAGUUUAAACAAAUAUUUUCUAAUGUAGAAGAGUCUAUGUUAGAAGGAAUUAUUGAGGCACCAAGAACUGUAGGUCGACAUACUGCACGUAACAAUAUUCCAUCUGAUUCUCCGGAACAGUAUUACAAAAGAUCAAUAUUUUUACCGUUUUUGGAUCAUUUUAUUUGUCAAUUACAAGAUAGAUUUACUAAUCAUCAUCAUGUAAUGGCCAAACUACAAUCACUUAUUCCAAAUUUUCUUAAAACUACAACUGAUAUAAAAGAUUUUCAAGAGGUAGCGCUUUUUUAUAAAGAUAUUUUACCUAAUUAUGAAACAUUUGACGCAGAAAUUAAAAUAUGGCUAGCUAAAUGGAAAAAUGUAUCUGAUAGAGACCGUCCAACUACAUCAUUGACUACUUUGUCUGCAAUGUCUUAUGAUUUUUUCCCGAACAUUCACAGUCUUUUGACAAUUAUGGCCACAUUACCUGUUACAACUGCUACUGCUGAACGGUCAUUCUCAACUCUACGGAGACUUAAAACAUACUUACGAAACAAUAUGGGAGAAACGAGACUUACUGGAUUGGCUUUACUAAACAUAUACCGAAAUGUUGAUUUAAAUGUGGAAGAAAUUAUCGAUAGAUUUGCAAUGUUACCACGAAAAUGGGAUUUUAUACUUUAG